GGCAUGGAUAGGCAGCACUGAUGGGCACUAAUAGGCAGCACUGAUAGGUGGCACUGAUAAGUUGGCACUAAUGAUGCUGCACUGAUCCAGGGGUGGACUGACAACUCAUGGGGCCCCCGGGCAAUAGGGGAUCAUGGGGCCCCUGUGUCCUUGCCCAAACUCAAAAAAAGCCUAUGAAAAAGGUACCAGGCGCAUUUCAUGGGGCCCCCUACUGACCCCGGGCCCUCGGGCAGUGCCCGAGUUUCCAAAUGCUCAGUCCGCCCCUGCUCCCACCAAUACCAGCAAU